AUGGAAAGAAUAAUGGUUACAAUUAAUGGUGAAGAGGACGAGGAUGCAUGGAUACGAGAUGUUGACAAUAGGUUGUCGAAUGAGCAACCGAUCAGCGAUGAUGUCCACAAGUUAAUGCAGCAACUGCGAGAGCAUGAGGCUUUCCUGGAGGAGGUUGUUAGUCACAAAGCACCAAUAGGUGAAGUGUUGGAUUCAGCCGAAGCUUACAUUAAUGUGACUAGUGAGCAUAUCACCCCACAACAAUGUACUUCAAUGCGGAAGUUAAUGCUGUCUGUCAGGACUGGUUAUGAUGUCGUCAUAUCCAGAUCAGAAGAUAGACUGAGGCAUCUCAGAGGAGCUCUCCAAGACAUUGAGAAACAGAAAGUUGCUACUGAACUACUACCAAAAUACCAGUUGCUGAUAAACAACUUAGAUCGCCUGCUUUCCUGGGUGACAAGUGCCACAGCACAUCUCAAAGGCUUGCCUCCCAUUGCCAAGACAACAGAUGAGUUGAAUUCACAGUUGGAGGAACAGCAGGCCUUCUUGGAAGAUGUAGCCAGUCACAAGGAGCCUAUCAGCAAAGCCCUUUAUAAGACUGAGGCAUUUAUCACAGAGUACAGCGAAGUACUGAAACCCGAACAGAGAGAAGCACUUCAUCUCCAGAGUAACGACUUGAAGACAGGUUAUGAAAACCUCAUUGAUAGAUCCGAAGAAAGACUGAGGAAAAUUCAAGAAGCUCUUCGUCAGUUGGAAAGGUCUGAAAGCCGUGGUGAGCUAUUGCAAGGAGAACUGGAUGCCCAGUAUAGACGUGUUGAAAGACUUCUACAAGAUCAGAUAGACUGGGCGACUGACAUGGAGAAGAAAGUGAAAGAUAUCCCUAAAUCACCAACUGAUCUUCAUGAUCUCAAAAUCCAUUUGGUUGUUGUAAAGGGUUUACAGUAUGAUAUCAUUGAGCAGAAAGGACCUGUCUCAGAAUCUAUUUCGAGAUGUGACGUAUUCUUGAAGAAGAAUAAGCCUAAGUUGAAGAAGCCACAACAGACUGCCCUUCCCAAGAAGAUGAACGACCUGAAGACAAGAUAUGAAAAACUUGGCGUGAAGCUUAAUUCUCUGGUGAAAACAACAGACGAUGAACUCAGUAAAGCCAAUAAGGCUAUCCUCAGAGAAGAAUUUGAAACUGUUUUGGAAGAUGUCACAAGUAAACUAAGAUGGGUUGAUGCAACUGAGGCUAAACUAGUUCAAGAAACAGUUACCCUAGAAACUGUAGAAAUCAUCACUGUUAGAAUAGAACAACAUAUGGUAAUCUAUGAAGAGAUCAAGCAGUACAGAGAAGUGGUAUUUGUGACUCUUCACAAUGCAACAACUUUCGAGCUGGCAAACAGAGAAAGACUUGAACCUGAACAGAGUACACAAAUCAUAGGUGCUACUGAUCGACUUCGGUCUGGAUUUGAUAGAGUUGUGUCAACUGCGGAAACGCGUCUUACAGACCUUAAAACUGCUGUUCAUGCACUACAGCAGAGACCGACUGAAAUACCUGAAACAUCUUCUUUAGAUACCGCUGAUAGAAACGAACUCCCAUUGUCUGAGAUGGAUAGACCUAGACGUGCGGAUGAGAAAGAAUAUACACCUGAAGAACCAAUGUCGUGGGAACCAGUGGAUGAGAAAUCAAUUACUGUUCAGAUGGAUGAUGCUAUAAAAGUCAUUCAAGUGGAGAAAGAACCAGUUCUCAAAAAGCCUCUCAAGGAGAUUCCAGCUGCCUUCCGUGAGGAUAAACCAGCUGAGGAUGUUCUGUUCACAGAACGUUUGGAUGAGAGACCUCCUCAGGUUGCACCAUUCGAUGAACAGCCAAUUAGCUAUCAGGUUGACGAGAUGUUGAGGGCUAUGCCUGCAGAAGAGGAACUUUUUAUAUCUGAAAAACCUGUUGAGGAGGAGCCUUUUGAUUAUGAAGUUGGUGAGCAAGUGAAAGAAGAACCUCUUGUAGAAGAGAGAGUUCGUCCAACUAAAGCUAAACCAACUUUCUUUAAACCUAGUAAGGAAGAAAAGAAGCCAGCCGAAGUUGUACCAAGAGACAAAAAACAAAAGGAAUUGACAAGAGUAGAGAAGCCAAAGGAGCCAACUAAAGUAGCGCCAAGUGAGAAGAAACCUAAAGAACCUUCUAAAGGUAUCCCAGGAGACAAGAAACCAGUUAAAAUUCCUGAAGAGAAGAAGACAACAGUGUAUUCAAAGGUUACAUCGAAAAUUGUUAAACCAAUAGAUUCAGAAAGAGAGAAACCUGUUGAAGAGAAACCAGAUCCCGGUAAAGUUAUCAAGGCAGGUCGAAAACCAUCUGAAACCAAGAGAGUUACUGUGGAACCUCCUAAGGCUAUGCAGAAAGAUAAGACUCCCACCAAAGCAGAAGUAAAGAAGGUGCCUCAAAGGGAAAGGUCACCAGCAGAGCCUAAGAAAAAGUCAAAGCCUGAGUCUCCAAAAAUUCCACCGAAGGUACCCACGAAACCAGUGAAAAAGGAACAAAUUAAACCCAAAGUUGUCACUGAAGAGCCAGUAAAAGUGGGGACAGUAAAAGAUGUACCUGGUGUACCUACUAAACCAGUGGAAAAAGAGCAAAUUAAGCCUAAAGAUGUCACUGAGGAGCCUGUAGAAGUGGAGACGGUAGAAGACAUACCUGGCGUUGUGGACCAGAAUACAGGGAAGGUGAUUCCAGUGACUGAGGCAUUCACCGUUGGUCUCAUUGAUAGAGAAACAGUAACAAAAAUGCUUACUGACCAGCUUGAUAGUGGUGGAAUCGUAGAUCCAGAUACUGGCAAAAAGCUGACGCCCGAUGAAGCUCAGAGACUUGGUGUAAUUGAACCAGAGAUUGCUGCAACACUUCAAGGCACUCAUCCAAUGGAGACUGUUGAUGAAACUUCUCCUGACAGGAAGAAACGACUUCCAGAAAUUGUUGAGGAUAUUGUGAGACCUGAGAAGUUACAGAGAGUUGAGGCUACUCCUCUUGGAACCCAUCCUGCAUAUGAUGAACUUGAAGGUGUCAGAGCAACAGAGGAUGAUAGAGAGAAGAAAAUGAUUGAGGAUGAAUUAAAAGAACACAGCUACAGUCUUGAGGAGUUACUCAAAUGGGUGUCAGCUGUAGAGCUAAGCCUUGGAUCUGAACAACCAUUGAAAGAAGAGCCUAGACAACUCAAUAAACAAGUUAAAUCAAACAAGGACAUUGCAGCUGAUGUUGAUGACCACAAGAAACCAGUGACUGAUGCCCUCAGUGGUGCUGAUAUAUUCCUUGCAACAUAUGGUGACAAAGUGGAUGAUGUCGAGGCUGAGAAACUCAGACGUGAUCACGCUGAUCUGACAAAGCGUUACGAGAAAGUGGCAGAUGAAACUGAUGAAAGAGACAGUAACCUUGACGAUUCAAAGAAGACACUAGACUUGUUCACUAAGAAGGUGUCAUCAUUUGAGACAUGGUUGGUUCCUUCAGAGAGGACACUGAAGAAAUUACAAGAUGGUGAAUUCAAAGACAUGAUCAUAGAGUUCCGAACAACUGUGCUACCCAGAAAGUCCAACAGAGAAUACAAAGAGGAGCCAGAACUAGAAACUGUGAAAAAUAAAAUGACUGAGAUUACAACACGAUAUGAGAAACUGACGGUAGAAUCCACCAAAUAUAUUGAGACACUUCAUGUUAUUAUCAUGAAACACACUACAUUAGAACCAACAACAGUUGGUGUGAAAUCAGUUGUGGAUGAUAGAGAAAAGAAACUCAUUAAGGAUGAAUUAAAGGAACAUAGCUACAAUCUUGAGAAGUUACUCAAAUGGGUGUCAGCUGUAGAGAUAAGCCUUGGAUCUGAACAACCAUUGAAAGAAGAGCCUAGACAACUCAAUAAACAGGUUAAAUCAAACAAG